AUGAACCGAUUUGAAACUGUGUCACAAGAGGAAAACAUGGAUUGGUCGACGGUGGUAAAAAUAAAAGGAAAAGUUCGGAUAAUGAAGAGAUUAAAAACUAUAAGAAAUCGGGAAAGGAAGCUUCAGAAGUUCAUCAUAAGCAUAGAUUAUGUCUGCAACAAAACUAGAUCUCGGGUAGAAAUUAACUUCAAAAACAUACACGAGGCAAAUCAAUUAUUAGACGACCCAUUAUUAGAAGCAAAUAAAUUGAAAGCUUUCAUCCCGAGCUUUAGAUUAAUAAGAAGAGGCAUCAUUAAAGGCGUAGACGAGGAUAUUUCAGAAGAGGAGAUGCUGGAGGAAAUGGAGUCACAUCAGCGUAUACUGGGAAUAAGAAGACUAAAUAGGAGAAACCGAGAUCCUAACAGACAGGAAAACGACCCGAAAUGGGUACCAAGUAAAUCAGUGAUAAUUACAUUCUCAGGCCAAAACUUGCCCAGUGAAGUACGGCUAUAUAAAAUUAAGAUUGAGGUAGAUCCUUAUAUGACAUUACCCAUUGUCUGCUACAACUGCUUCAAGCUAGGUCAUACAAGUUUGAAUUGCAGAAAUGAGACAAAAUGCAGCAUGUGUGGUGAAAAUAAACACCAAGAGAGUUGCGGAACAAGUUGCCCUAAAUGCUCCAACUGCAAGGGGGAACAUAUCGCCACUGACAGAAAUUGUCCAAUAUACCGGAUGGAAUACGAAGUCAAAAGACUGAUGGCGUACGAAAACUUAGUCAUGGGAGAUGCUAGGAAACUAGUUUUUCAUUCCCCUCCAAAGAAAAGGCUUAAACCUGGACCUGAGGAAUUUCCAAAUUUCCAAAGCACAGCAUAUUCAACAUACAGUGAAGUAGUUAAAGAUAGAAGGUCUUUACCUACAGUACCCAGGAAACCUCAGGAAAAACCAAACAACUUUUAUAAAGCCCAAAUGGAAAAUUGUGAAAAUUUUAUUGGAAGCCGAGAAUCCAUCAACUCAGCAAAUAGAGUAGCGAUGGGUCAAGGUAGCAGCGGUAAGAAGACUAUCCAAACGAACAAAGAUCAACCAAACAAGACAAAUAAGUCAGCAAAAACGGAAGACCACCUACAACUCAUACAAAAUGUCCGUGGCCAGCGAGUCAUCCUCAAGGACUUAUCAAAUAAACCAGAAUACACGAUGAUGAAGAAAGAAGUGCAAGUUAAGGUUACACCUCCAAAUAAUUCCCUAAAGACGAUAAGAACCUACCAAAAAUCAGCAAAAAGGAUUAAGAGCCACCUUGAGCAGCAAGUCGGUACCAUUUCGAAUUAUCUAGCUGCAAAAAAUUUGUACUUGGCACCAGAAAAAUGUAAAUUAGUCAUAUUCAAUAGAUUAAACUUAAACACCAAUAACUUUCAUAUUAAUAUUAAUAACACCAUCAUUGAACCUUCACCUUACGCAAAAUUUCUCGGUAUAAUUUUAGAUAAACGACUAAAUUGGAAUCUCCAUAUCUCCCACAUUAUAAAAAAAUGUGAUAUUCCGAUAAGAAUCCUCAGUUGCAUCAGAGGAACUUGGUGGGGAGCAGAUCCGGUUACUAUGCUGACCCUAUAUAAUUCACUUAUUAGAUCUAGAAUCGAAUACGGCGGAUUUCUGAUAUCACCGUGUAAACCUGAGUUACUCGAGAAAAUUGAAAAAGUACAAUAUAAAUGCUUGAGGCUGGCUAUGGGUUACAGAAAGUCCACUCCGACAAAUAUAAUACUAAGUGAGUCGAAAAUCUUGUCUUUGGCUCGUAGAUUUGAUACCUCCUGUUACAAGUUCUUAAACAAAAAUAUGGCCAGUAAUAAUACAGCCCUGUUAGAAAUUAUAGAGGAGAUAAAUGAAAUGUCAGAAAACUUUAUAUAUGAAAAUAACUUCGAGAAAUCAUCUCUCAUAAGUAAAUUUGAAGAAACUCUCUUUUAUACGAACAUAAUAUAUAAGUCAGAAAUCCCCACAUAUUAUCAACUAGAUUUUAAAAAUCAAUUUGAACUAACUAAUAUAGACAUCUCCAGCGGUGAAGAAUUAAAAGAAUCUAACGAUGCAGAAGGACUAUUCACAAAAAUUUUUCAAGAAAAAAUCAGUAAUAAGAUUGCUAUUUUCACGGAUGGCUCUAGAUCAGUAAUAGGCGAUAAGUCAUAUGUGGGUAUGGCAAACUGGUGUUCCAAUGAUCAGUUCACAGCUAGCUUCAAGCUUUUUGAUCAUGCCUCAAUUUUCUCUGCGGAAGCCAUGGCCAUUUUAAAGGCAUUGAAAACAAUUAACGAGUCAGAAUUAAGUAGCUUUAUCAUCUUCUCAGAUUCCAUGAGUGUUCUCAAAGCUUUGUCUAACCGUAGAAAAUUAAGAAACCAAAAUCAUAUAAUCCAAGAAAUCAAGCAUUUAUUAUCCGUUAAUAAAAAACGAAAUAAAGACAUAGAACUGAUAUGGAUUCCGUCUCAUAGUAAUAUUGAAGGUAAUGAAAACGCUGACGCUUUAGCUAAGAAUGCAGCUCAAGAAGGCCCUUUUUUAAACCAAGAACUUCCUUACUCGGACAUAGCUAAUGUUUUCAAACUUAAAUGUAAAAAGGAAAACGAUUGUGAUGUAAUAAAUAGGGCACAAACACAGGGUAAAGGUGCAUUCUAUUUUGAGCAAUAUUUUGCGCCAAAUAGCAAACCAUGGUUUUUUAAAACGAAAUUAAGCAGAAGAGCUAUCGUAUCUGUGAAUAGAAUCCGUUGUGGUCAUAAUUCUCUCAAAAGUAGUCUUGCGAGAUUUAAUAUAAUAAACAGCGAUUUGUGCUCGUGUGGGAGCCCUGAGGAUAUUAAUCAUGUCUUCUGGGAAUGUAAAAAGUUUGAAGAGGAAAGAAAAACCAUGGUUAAAAAAUUUAAAAAAUUAAGACUAAGACCUCCGAUAGACAUUAGGGAAGUCUUAAAAAGACUGAAAAGGGAAAAAAUUGAAAUUAUUACAGAGUUUAUUUUCAGUUGUAAAAUAGACAUUUAA